CUCUGGCCAGUGCCACAAGAACAUGACAAACCCUUGACCAUAAUGGAGCUUCCACURCUGUGUCCCUUCCACUGCCUGCCCRAGGAMGGACCAGAGGAACUGGUGUCAGGCUUCAGGGUGCAGGCAGGGCACGGCUAAGUGUGUCACAAGAGCCAAGAGGGAAGUGAGUCACUCACCUGGGAGCCAGCACGACGCCCUCUUUCCCGUCGGAGCCUCUUCCCGAGCAGGAGCACACUGAGRGCUCAACCCUGCRGUGUCUGCACUGGCGGCAGGGAGCWGGCGGGCYGGRGUCUGUGACGGAGAUGGAGCAGGUGCUCUGUGACCCCCAGCUGAUGUCACACAUUUCCUCUUCUCCAGUGACUCUGCAGUCAUGCUACAGUUGCUCCCAUUCUGGUGCCCUGUUCUUAAGAGCUGCCAGUGCRGAGACUGUCCAGCCACAGGGCAGAGAAAAUAACAUCUGGGAGACAGCCAAACACCCUCAGUGAAACCCUCGCUACUACUAAGGCUGAAGAUGGACAUAUUGUGCUGAAUUUUUUCAACCCUGGUAAGAAGAAGAGCUUCAGCAGGAAAUUGUGCUUCAGACGUGCCCACUCAACACCACAAUGUCUGGAAAGGGCAAAGGGGGUGCAGAAGGCAGUGCUGAUUCCUACAUUUCAUGCCACAUAGACUCCGAGUUUCGCUACAACCUUUUCACUGUUUUCUAUAGCAUUAUUUUCAUUCUGGGAUUUGUUGCCAACUGCUAUGUUCUCUGGAUUUUCAGCCAUAUUUACCCCGCCAAGAAACUCAAUGAAAUCAAGAUAUUCAUGGUGAACCUGACAGUAGCUGACUUGCUUUUCUUAAUUACAAUGCCAAUGUGGAUUGUUUACUACCACCACCAUGGAGACUGGAUCAUGCCUGAGUUCCUCUGUAAUGUGGCUGGCUGUUUAUUUUUUGUUAAUACCUACUCUUCUGUUGCCUUUCUGAUGGUCAUCACAUACAACCGCUACCAAGCUGUAACUAAUCCUAUUAAAGCAGCUCAGCUCACCACCCAGAGAAGAGGURUCUACCUAUCAGCAGCUAUCUGGAUCAUAAUAGUGGGCAGCUCUUUGUAUUAUCUUUUUGACAAUAAUACAAACCGGGAGGAGAUCGACUCCAGGAAUUUCACACGGUGCUUUGAGCGCUAUGACACUUCGASUGGUGUUUCAGCUGUUCUCGCCAUUCAUGUUGUCAUCUGCGUCCUCUUCUAUAUAAUUUUCCUUUUAAUAUUAGGGUGGAACAUUGUCAUUAUCAGGACCUUGUUCUCCAAGUCAGUGCAUCCACGUAAGAGUGCUCAUGUCAAGCAAAGGGCUCUCUGGAUGGUGUGCACCGUGCUGGCUGUGUUCAUCAUAAGCUUUGUACCCCAUCACAUCGUGGACCUGCCCUGGACCCUGACUGUUCUGGAGCAAUGGAAGAAGGAAGACUGUCAGCUGCGCCAACAGCUCAAUGAUGCUCACCAGGUGACUUUGUGCCUCUUGAGUACAAACUGUGUGUUGGACCCGAUCAUCUACUGCUUCCUCACCAAGAAGUUCCAGAAGCAUCUUUCAGAAAACCUGAAAAGCAUGAAAGGGAGUCGAAAGUGCUCCAGACAAACAACAGACACGGUGAUUGAGGCCACCAUUCACCAAGAGGAUGCCAUUAGGAUCUCUUAGGGCCACUCAGCCUGUUCUGAUUGCAGAUGGAGAGGUGUGAAUUAUUCAUUCAUCUUUCCUCAAGAAGAGACACCUGGGGACACAAGAGAAGACCAGGAUUUUACAUUUUCUUUUCCCCAUUAGACAGAAGAAUGAAUGCUCGUUUCUUCUAUCACAUGCAAUGAGCAGAACUGGAACCUGCAGUAAUGUGGCAGCAGAGCACCUUCUGUCUGGGCUCUGAUGUUCUCAUGGGCACUGAGAACAGCCCAGAUGAUCUGCUUUAACAUGAAAGAACUGUGCCAUUGAGCCUCUGCAGUGAGCAGCUAGAAGCUGAGUGCACCAAAAUUACCCAUUGUGUCCGUCCAGAUAGCACAGUCCCUGCUCUCUAUCCAUCCAGCUCUCACAGUGGAUCCAGUAUGAAAGCUGUAAGGGACUUCUAAAAGACCUGUAAAGAACAGAGUGAGCUGUGAAUGUCAUCAGGUGGCUUUUCUAAGCAGUUUACCUGGUCCUGUGUAGAGAGUCUGAGCUGAACAAGCUUUUGAGUGGCUGUAAGGGAUGCAGUCCRUGGAGUUCCUUGACUUCUGUCAAAGGAGAUCUGCAUCUCUGAUCCCUUCAUCCCUUCUUACUCAUGUGGUCUGCUGGGAUCCAUACUCGAUAGAUGUCUGGGAGUAGUUAUUAUGAGUCUUUUCUUCCUGAUGUUGAAUGAGUAAAGUAGGGAAGGGAAGGAAGAGAAAUUGUCAGUGCCUCAGCACUCUCUCUGCCUCUCUCCACCAGAUCAGCAUUACGGCCAAAGGGCACUAUGGUCUGCCCUGGCUUCCUAUAUGAGAACAGAACUGGCCAGUCAGUGACCUUGUGCAUUCAGUUUAGUAUUCUCUGACUGACUGCAUGUGYCUGUGGACACCCAGUCUUGCUCAGGAGGCUCCAGAUAGCAGGCGGCUACUGUCAGCAUGGGCAUUAUGAUAUGGAAAAAAAAAGGUUAAAGUUCUUCCGUAUCUUUGUACUUAUUUAUUUAAAUUGGGGUUAUAGACAUUAUAUUAUUCCUUCCUCCAGCCUUUCCAGUUCUGCUGCAAAGAAAUGAUCUGAUUAGCUCUUGAUUUCCUACAGCAAGUGAAGUGUUAGCUCAGAACACUUGGCAGGCAAACAAUUCACACACUCCAUCAGCACUGGAGGCCCGUUACCCAGGGCCAGAUGCAAUCCACUGGGGCCCAGGGCAAAGUGGUUUUCCAUGGGUGCUGAGGUCUGUUACCAGUCAUGAGACACUUGGGGUUCUUUUUUCUGACCCAAAUUGCUCAAUCUUGCACAGGAAAUUGGGCAGGGAGGGAGCUUACUUGUUUUCACAACAGUUUUUGGUUCCCUAAACGACCUAGUCUCUUGAUGACAGGAAGAGUGUAUCUGACCUGUGACACUAAUUAUUUAUGUGCAGGACAGCAGCCUUCCCACACCCACCCAAGAAUGAGAGAGGUAAGCRAAAGCCUUUCCCAGGACAGGACCAAUAUUUGUACUGCUUUCCCUGUAUCCUGUGGAGAUACAGGUCCUUCAGAUGUGUCCUCUGGAGCUCCUCAGGCAUCUWUUGUCCUUAUUUGUGCCAAUGAGGAAAAGAACUAAAAUGUUUGUUUUUCUAAGGCCAUUGCCAGGGCCAGCCCUGCACUCCAGGCCCAGUGCCAGAGGAAAGGUUCUGAUCACAACAAGAAUGCAUCUCUCCCCUAGUCCUGGGCUCUGCUCCAGUAAUGGCCACCCACUACAAACGUUGUGCUCCUCAGACACCUUCAAAGAUGUGCCCUGAAUCUGCAGAGCCACAGCACACAGGAAGGGAGCAAUUCCUGUAAUUUAAAACCUGGCAUGCUGGAGGAAUCUGCCUCUGUUUCUGUACUGUUCUGUGGGCAAAUUCUGGAUCAGGAGUUCUCACAAGCUGGCACCUGCUUUUCCCCUUAGUCCCCAUGUGACAGUGGAGCUCUCAUUUCACAGACCCUAAAGCACUGAACAGAUGGAGUUUGGCAAGUCUUGGAGGAAAUGGAAAGGCAUUUUACAUAGAGAGCUAGUAAAUGCAUGAUCAUCUACUAAUUCCUGGAAAGAUAGUAGGAGUUUACAGUUUAGCUCUUUACCAUGGGUACAUAAACUGGCUUUAUUCCAUGGCAAGCACCGUGGGCUCAGGGAGCAAACAUAAACUUGCAUCUGAGGAAAGGGAUAGGCAGAAGUAAAAGCCCCGAGGACACUUCAGGAUAUGUCACAGUAAUUUGUAACAAUGCAUUUCUGAAAAUCGGGCUAAGCUGCUACUUCUGUUCCUGGAAUUACUUUCCUGUUCUUACCGCAAUGUUGCAUUACUCUGCUUUACGUUGGAUCCUCCAACGUUCUUUUAAAUAAAGYAUGUUCCCCAA